ACAUGAAUUAAAUCAGGAGGAGGAAGAAACUGAUGAAAAAGCUGAAGAAGAGACUGAAGACAAAACUGAAGAGGAAACUGAUAGUAGUACUAUUAGACCAAAUAUUACUAAAAUUAUCAAUUCGGUCAAAAAUACAAUUUAUAAUGCUCUUUUUAAAUAUUUUGAUUCUUCAUCACAUUUUGUCCUACUUGCAAGUAUUUUGGAUCCUAGAUUUAAAAAAAUAAAAGAGUGGCCAAAAGAAGAUAAAGAAAGAGCAAUUGCAUUAUUAAGAUCAGAAUAUACCUAUAUUAAAGAUGAGGAAUCUUUAAAUACUAGUCAAGAAUCCAACACUAAAAAUAAGCCUAAAGAAAAAACAAUAAGCAAUUUUAAAUUAUAUCUCUAA